AUGCCCCGAUGCCAUCCGACGCUGCAGAAAACCGAUCCUGCCAACCGUGAGAUGGGCAAAAGAGCCUCCAUCGGCGCCGAUGGAGCGGCAGCGUAUCGCAAGCGGCAAAAGAUUGUCCACGAUGCCCCGGCCGGCGAAGACGUCUUGUCCGGCGACCACUUGCACCAGUUGAUCGCCUUCAACCAGGACCUGCGUCAAGCACGCCACGGCCUGCAGUCAUUCAAGAAGCUCCUCGACGAUGCCCUCGCCGACAAUGGCGACCGCAAGGCCAAGCUCGCCAUCUUGCAGCAGUACCUGGACAUGGUCAGGCCGCGAGACACUGGGGAAGAUGCAAUUUUCCUCCAAGACAUCAUGGACACGUGGUCGUUCGCCAUCCAAGUGAACGACGACGGUGUCAUGUCCUCAGUCGCUGUCGUCUUGGCUUUACUUCUCCGCGUCGUCUCCGACUCGCUGCAGCUCGUGCCCCACGGGCUCGGCGUCUGCCAGACGCUGCUUCAGGAAAGGCAGCUCAAGUCGCUCUCCAGAAAUCUGUCUUCUGAAAAGGGCAAAGGCUUCAUCAUCUCUCCCACACUGCGUCUCUUGCGAGAGGCCGUAUGUCUGGACGGUGGUGCGUACGCCAAGAGGAUCGUUCGAGCGAGAGCCCAUACCUUUGCCUACCUCUCCCGAAACUUGGAACUCGGACACUCGGGCGAGGGCCAGGAAGAUUCUCGGAAAUCCUCGGUGAGGACUCAUGCCGUUCGAUUCCUUCUGAGCUGCCUCAAAUACCUGCACUCUGAAGGGCGAAAGGAACUCCUCCUGCAGAAAGAGCUCUUUUCGCACCUGACAUAUUCGAUCAAAUCCGACCCGGACUAUCUCAUCUUGGAGAUUUUGGACGCGUUGAAAUUGCACGUGCUCAUGGACAGCAGAAUACCCCGGGAAGUCAAGUCCCGAAGCUUCAACAUCAAGACACUUCUGAGAUUCUUGGCUCUCUAUACCCACAUGGGUAGCUCUGAGGGCACAGAUGAGAAGGACAGUAUAAGCGAGAGGGCCCAUCAAUUCCUCAAAUACGUUUGCACAACCCCCGGUGCUGGCGUGUUAUAUCCUUACAAGGGGCUUUAUCCGAAGGAGUCAAGCGAUGAGCGCUCGAGCCAUAUGCCCAAGCGGCAAGGUGAGAGCCGCGGCGGUGAUGCCCACGACAGCCGGUUCGACAAGGGCGUGCCCGUCUUCAACUUUGUCCUGUCCGAAUUCGCCGAAAAGCUUCGCCCGUGGUCCAGCUUGAAACACAGCGAACUCCUGGUGGCCAUGUUCACAGCCGCGCCCGAACUAAUCUCCAACUACUUCUAUCACAAUCGAUCCUUCACCUUCGAGCCAAAGCUUUCCAUGACGUGGAUUGGAUACGCAGCCUUUCUCUUUGACACGAUCAGCUUGCCUCUCUCUGCUUCUUUUGGAGACCCGGUCCGAUUUGCAGACUCACCACCUCCCACGACUGUUCUACUGGAUAACAUCAUCCCUCCCGCCAUCAACCAAAAGGUGCUUGUCCGGUGUCUCUCACCCAAGUCUCAUCUCACGUCUUUCUUCGCCACCAGGAUCAUCGUCGCCGCUCUCGAGAAGUUGACCAUCGCUCUGAGGAUGCACAAGUCAACCUCGUCCCGGAACAGAGGCUCAAAGUGGUCCGAAGCCGCCCGGCGGCUAGUGGAUGCGUUUUGUCAACGGAUCCCCGACAUGAAGGAGGUUGUCCGAUGCUACAAGGAUAUUCCGGCGGAGAACUCGUUACACAAGACGCUCGCUGGCCGCCUAUUGCACCUCUACUAUAACGUGAUUCCGCAAGUGGCCCUGGCCGCGAAGUUUGACGUCUCGCCACUUUUCGUGCAUGUCCUCAAAGGCCUGCAUCAGAACGAAUACGAGCCCGGCAUCAAAGCGUUGAGCAUCAUGGAGCUGGAGAGCCUCGUUUCCAUAGCCAGCUAUUCGCCUGGAAUGAGGUGGUUUUCCAAGAUUGAGGGCCUGGGUGGCGAGACAUCAUUCUCGGCAUUCACGGCACUUGUCCAUCUUCUCUGCUGUGGUGAUCGCGACACCCCCUACCGCCAUCUCAAGAAUGCGCUGGCCGACGUUGCUGUUGAGAAUCAGCUUGUCUCCAGUGCCUCGGGGUUGCGGCCACUCCUCGGAGCUUUGCGGUGCGUUGUUGACCAAUUCGGCUCAGGAGGCGUAGGGGCCGUCUGGGGCUUCUUAGACAACUGCAUCAGCCGUUGCGCGGCCUCUCCUAUCAAAUACCUGGACCAAAUGGAGAGUCGCACCGCGGAAAUGAAGCUGGAGUCUGCAAACCCUCUUUCUUCUCUGCUUACCCUCGCAUUUGUUGAGCAGCUACCAUAUGCAACGACUUCUGGCGAAGAGAAAGACAUAUACAGCCUAACACGUUUUCUCUCGCUCUACUUCAAUGCCUGCCACUUGUGGGAAGGAGGUCAUCUCUUGCUCAACACACUUCAUCAAGAUGUAGACCACCACUUGACUUCGAACAAAGCUAAGCUGGCCUGCUUGGGGGACGCUGAUGACGUCGAGGCGCUGAAGACGGCCGAGCCCAGCAUCGACGGCGACGAGGUGGCUAGCUGGGCCGUCAGCGGUGACCACUCGGCUUUGAGCGAGUCGAGCUUGCAGGAGAUGCUGCACGCUCCCUGCCUCGAUGGCGGCGACACUGCGGUCCUCACCAAGUGGAACUCGAAAAGCGCCGAGGACUUGGUGGACGACGGAUGGGCGGUCGGGCUGGUUCGUCUGCUGUUGUCGGAGCAUACAAACAUACGCAAGGAGGCUCUGACGAGCAUACUGAAAGUGGCUGCUCGGGUCAAGGACUCGUCGCACGAGGAGAAGACACAGAUCUGGCUCCUGCUCUCGGAGCUCGCCGAGUCGUCCAAGGCGCAGGUCGAGUCAGGGCCAGUUCCGUCGGCGUUUGUAGCCUUUACGAUGCACGCGCUCGACGUCCUGCGAAGCCCGCUGCAUCCUCUCUAUCGGAAGGUCAAUUCAUUCCUGACCCGCAGCCCGGUAUGGUCGUUGGAGAAGCUGCCGCUGGCUCACGACAUCCUCCACGGAGAGCCAUCCGAGGACGACAAGUACUACUCGGAACUCGCGUGGCUUCUCGGCUACCUCUUGGACAGCCUGAGGACGGCCUCUGACCUGAGCGUCUUCCACAAGAAGAAGUGGCUCGAGAAGAUCUUUGCGCUGGGCAGCAACCCGUACCUGAGGUCGGGCCUCCGGACAAGAGUCCUCAGGAUUGUAUACCGGGCAACGUUCAUCGAGGCCGGGAGCACCACCCUCGUCACGAGGUUCGGGGUGCUCGGCUGGCUCGACGCGCAGCGAGCGUCGUGCGAGGCGACGGGCGAGGCGGCCGCGUACGAGGGCCUGAUGAGACGGGUGUGGGAGACUUGUGACCAGGAGCGGGUCACGGCAUGGAGCAAUGGGGGGAUGGAAGAGCUCGUCGCCAGGGCUGUUGGGCGACGGGCGGCCAGCCUAUAG